UGUAUCUCCUCUCACCUCUCUCCUUCUCUCCUUAAAAACAGGGACGAAUCCCCUGUUCUUCCAUAAUCUGCGAAAAAAGAUCGAGUUUUUAGAAGGGAGAGAGGUGGGGAUGAACAGCCGGCCCUUCCUUUCUCUCUCUGACGGUUGCCUGACCCUAUGCCGGCCCAUCAUGUCCUUUGCUGACCCCUGGUCUUUCUCCUAAACCACACACUCUCCCCUUCAUCUUCUGCUAAUCUUUCUAUAAAAGUGAUCUUUUUUCCUCCAACCAUGAAGAAAUUGAGAGGUUUCAAGCUGCGAAUCAAGGUAGUCCGCAUUUGGAGAUGGGCCUCACGUAGAAGUUCCACCACAGGGUACCUCCACCUCGCCCCCACGACUCCUCCUCCCUGGUGCCAACUACAACUUCACCGCGUAAAGGCCGCGCCUUUGACAACGAAGCUCCGCCAGUGGGGCCUCUGCCUCGCCCGCGGGCUCGGCGGCGUUGGUGGUGAUCGGACGGAGAGGGAAGAGGUGGCGGUGAAACCACUGGAGGGUGGCGGAGGACGGGGGCCUCCACCACCGCCGCCGAAGGGACACCUGGCUGUAUACGUGGGCGGAGGGAGGAAUGGGGAGGAGGGAGCGCCGCCGCAUCGGUUCGUUGUGCCGGUGAUCUACUUCAACCAUCCGCUCUUCUGGGAGUUGUUGAGGGAGGCGGAGGAGGAGUUCGGGUUCCACCACGCCGGCGGCAUAACCAUCCCCUGCCCCGUCUCCCGGUUCGAGCUCGUCCGGAGCCGGAUCGCCGCCGAUCCAGGCCAGACCGGGAUAAGGGUAAACCGGUCCUGACCGGCCACCUAGAUGUUAGACAUGGCCGCCUUCUUGACGUGUCAUGUCGCUA